UCCAAAUUCCAAAACCAAUGUGCUAUCUCUUCCUUUAAUUUAUUCACUUCCAAAAGCAAAGCAAUCUCUCUCUCUCACUCUCUCUCUACACCACCGCCCUAUUCAACCAUUUACCUUCAAACCACUUUCAUUUCAUCACUAGUAAAACACAAACAAUAACACUGAACGAGGUAACCUACCAGUCACCUUCAUCUUUUCUUUCUUUUCAUCUCUCUCUUUCUCUCACACACAAAUGGACCAACCUCUUCAUCAUCUUCAAGAAACCAAACCCACCGCCAUCACCGUUGCUACAACCACUCCAAGCGAAACAUCUAACAACAGCACUGAUAACAGCAACAGUAGCAACAACAACACCAACACCAACAACACCACUAUUAAGAAUCGUAAAUCUAAAGGUAAAGGUGGACCUGAUAACAACAAAUUCAGAUACCGUGGUGUUAGACAACGUAGCUGGGGUAAAUGGGUUGCUGAAAUUCGUGAGCCUCGUAAACGUACUCGUAAAUGGCUUGGCACUUUCUCUACUGCUGAAGAUGCUGCUAAAGCUUAUGAUCGUGCUGCUAUUAUUCUCUACGGUUCUAGGGCUCAGCUGAAUCUUCAAACCUCUGGUUCUUCGUCCAAUUCUUCUCAAAACGAUUCAUCUUCUUCCAAUCGUAACUCGUCUUCUUCUUCCGCAAAUACUCUCCGUCCUUUACUUCCUCGUCCUUCUGGUUUUUCUGUUUACAAUAACCUCGUACCUUUUGGUGUUUACAAUAAUUUCCACCAUCAUCAUCAUCAUCAACAACAACAACCGGUUUUCAAUAAUAAUAACAUUCAUCAUCAUCAUCAUCAACAACUGGUGCAAGUGCAACUUCAACAGCAGCAACAAUAUAACCAACAACAACAGAUUCAAGAUUUUGAGCAACAUGCAAGUGGUGGUUCAACUUCUGCUAGGUCAAUUACCUCGUACCAGAAUAUUCAUGGUGUUUGUAAUGAUCAAGAACAACAUGCAGAAGAUGUUUUGAAUCAGCAACAGAAGAAUACUACUAAUAAUAAUAAUAAUGUUCAGAAUUGUGAUGUGGAUGAGGGAAUUAUGAACAGUUCAAAUUUGAUGGGUUCAUCAAGUCUUGAUGGAACAGUGGUGGAUCCAGAUCCAGAAGGUGUUUGUGUUGGUUCUCCAAAUUCUAUGUGGCCUUUGACAAGUGAUUUAUGGGAUUAUAAUGAUCCUCUCUUCUUUGAUUUUUGAAGAAAUUUUUAUUUAUUUUUAAUUGUUGCAGGUUUCUUUAUUUGAUUCUAAAUUUUUUUUUUUUGGUAUUGUUUUGAUUGGACUGGAUUUAGUAUACUCAAUAAAAGGUGAUGAUUUCAAUAAAA